AUGACGAUUCAGGAGACGCAGCUGCCGCCGGGAUUUCGGUUCCACCCCACCGACGAGGAGCUCAUCCUGCACUACCUGAGGAAACGGGCCGCCUCCCUGCCUUGCCCUGUCUCCAUCAUCGCCGAAGUGGACAUCUACAAGUUCAACCCGUGGGAUCUUCCCGGUGAGAAUUAUGUGACGGUUUACAGAACCUUUCACCUCUUUCCCCUCCGCUUCCGUCUUCUUCUCCUUCUCCUUCUUCUUCUUCCUCCUCCUCCUCCGGAGGGGUAGUAGUUCUUUCAUGGUUUCGAUAAUCUGAUUCUGUGAUGUUUUGGUGGCAGACAAGGCGGUUUAUGGGGAGAAAGAGUGGUAUUUCUUCAGCCCGAGGGACCGGAAGUACCCCAACGGGAUGAGGCCCAACAGGGCGGCGGGGUCGGGGUACUGGAAGGCCACGGGGACCGACAAGGUGAUCGUAGCGCCACCACACGGCAAUGAAAGCAUCGGGGUGAAGAAAGCUCUUGUCUUCUACAAGGGCAGGCCUCCCAAGGGAAUGAAGACCAGCUGGAUCAUGCACGAGUACCGCCUGACCCAGACCGCCGCCACCACCGCCGCCCACAACAGGCCCGUUAAGCCCACCCGAGAGUCCUCCAUGAGGGUGAGGACUUCCUCCAUCUUCUUCCUCAGAGACCGACCCUUCGGCUUUUGCCAUCAUAUGCUCACUCUCUUCAUCUUCUUCUGCCCUGAUUACACAGUUGGACGAUUGGGUCCUGUGCCGAAUCUACAACAAGGGCAACAACCUCCCCGCGACGUCGGCAGAUCAUGCCUACGAGGAUUCCAACUUGGAGAACGCGUACGUCCCGCCACAGGAGACCGGCGCCGCCUCUGAAAGGCUGCCUAAAUGUCUCUCCUUCGGAGACCUGCUAGAAGAGAGCGACUACUCCUUGUUGGCGCGCAUGCUUGGUGACAACCCGACGCACGUGUCCGUCCCUGACGCCGACCCGCUAAUGGGUUACGAGAACCCGAACGAGAACCACCUCAGCUACGGCGGCCAUGGCGGUGCCAUGAGCAUUCCUCCCUCGAAAUCGACUCCUCCAAUGGAUUCUCCUGCUCCGGAGGUCGGAAUCUGUCUCAAGCGGGAGAGAACGGCGGCGGGGUUCGAAGAGGAAGGUGACUACUUUUCAUGUCCGGGGAAGAGAUCCACCUCUUCUUCACACACUUGCUACAACAAUUUCACCGGUCAACCUGGCAUCACCGCUCCUCAUUACGGUUCAGUCAGCAGCGCUUUCCAACUCCAGCAGACGCUGUUCAACUCUCAGAUAGGGCAUCAGUUAGCUCCCGCCGGACAAGGAAGUCGAUUCGGUUUAUGA